AUGACAGCAGAAGGGCAGGUGGGGGUAAUCAAAAUUUCGGAGGUCCUUGAAAAUCUCAGAGAUGAUAUAAAGGAGCUCACGAGGGCUUGGGUGGUUCCGGGAUACCAAAUUCCCCUCUACACCCAGACUGCACCGAUGAUUCAGUUGUUCAUCGAGGAGCUCGUCAAAGAGUAUAGGUAUCUUAAAGGAGCUAUUAACGAUUUCGGAGAUUGGGAUGGAGACGCCGACGGGAAGCCCUGGGCCAGAGACAUAAGAGCACUUUGUUCGGCUCGAGACAUUGAUUUUGACCCCUGCACAGUGGAUGAAUCGGAGGCAGCCACGGAGAACGCCCUAACAGAAGAUAUUAUUACUGCUGGUGUCCUGGAAGAUACAAAAUUUUCAGCGUUGAAACUCACAAAAGCUAGUGUCGCGACCGGCUACGACUUGGAUGACUCACUUACAGGCUACACAUCGCCAACCUCCUCCCGUUCCGCGUCACCCACGCCCUCUGAGCUCGACGAGAUGGAGAAAGAUCCUACUUUAUGUGUUGGAGUCAAGAAAAUUCCACGACCUGUGUACCUUGCGCAACUAGGCGAGAUGGUCCGGAACACUAGAGUGAAGCCCGGCGAAGAGAGUCAGGAAGACUUUUGUAUUAGCCUUGACGAACCAUCCCAGGAGCAGGAUUUGUUGCGCACACAGUUACUGAAUGAAAUUUAUUGUCGCAAGCAAGAGGAGGGAAAAUAUAAAAUGGGACAUACUCAUGAUUCAUGCAACUCACGUCUCGGACGGAAGCACAGCAGAAUCUCACCAUCUGACUCAAUGACAUCCAACUCGUCAUCCAAACAUCGACGAUUAUCAUCAUCCAAAGAUAUAUCAGACCUCAUCACCGCAAUACCCAAACCUCCUGCAAUCACCAAGCAACUAUCUCGAUAUGUCCUUCAUGCACAACAGAAGUUCACGCCAUAUGAGAAGCUGCAUGGUCGCUUGCCCAAUGCACUAGAGCUUCGCUACACUGAUAGGUUUUGCGGGAGGUACCCUGGCGAGACCAAUAUGAGUCUAGCAGAUGUCCAAGUGGGCAAAGACGUCCUCGAGCGUGGUGUUGUGCUCCUAUCUAAGGAGACUGUUGCUCAAAUUAUUGUCGCCAAGCGGGCUGCUUGUGAAUCUAUGCGCUUGCGCGCUAUGACAAUGGCUUGGAAAAUCCAGGCCUCAUCGGAACACUCCAAGCUUCUUGAAUUGAUUUUCAAGGACGAAGCUAAAAAAUUUGCCGAUCGCGCUGCAGCAGUUUCCUUUAUGGAAACACUUGUUCCACAGGACAAGCAAGAGCUUGAGUCUACUGUAGACUUCCACGUUGGUGCAUACAGUCACGACCUCACAUCACUUGCUGUUGGUGACCUACAACUUGAACAAAUCGAGGACCUUGCAUGCAACUUGCCUGAGAAAGGCAAGUCGCAUCAUCAUCAUGAUGUGAGAAGGAAUUUUUCGGAGUCUGAGUCAGAAUUCGAAUGGGAUGGUUGA